CACAACACCCCCUUGCGGUGCAGAAAAGGAACCACCGUUACGGUAUCGAAUAUCGAUCUAGCAAGUGUGAAAAAACUAACAACUACAACUACAAGUCAUAAACCUAACACAACACACCCUUCAAGAUCACCAGAAUCAUCAUUCAUUUCUGAGUCCGGAUUCAUCUCUUCUCCCUCAGGAGACCAGCUGACAAAUUAUCUUUACUACUAUGGCUACCAAUGGGGCUUCUUCUCCGAGAGAUGGAGAUGUGGUUAAUGCCACAGAGGCCAGUUUGGAUAAGAUUAAACGACAAUUGGCAUCUGGGUCGGGUAGAAAUCUCUUGCAGGGUCCUCUUCUCAAGCGAUCUGAAACGCUGAGGAAAUGGAAUGAGAGAUGGAUAAUCUUAGACCCAACAACAGGAAAAAUGGAAUACAAAAUCAGGAGAAACGAUCCAACUGUCAAAGGAACAAUUGUCUUUGAUUCAAAUAGCACAAUAAUGACAUCACCCUAUAACUUCCAUGGACUACCGAAGUAUGACAACUGCAUUAUUUAUAUUGCAACACCACAGAAAAAAGAAUAUUUCCUCUGUGCAGAAACUCCAGGUGCAGCUAGAGCUUGGGUGGCGACAUUGCAUGCAACACAACUGGUAUUAAGGGCUCAUAAAGAGGCUGUGAACUCAUUAGCUGGAAAUAGUUCUGCAAAACUAGGAACAGUAUCUGCUGUUGUGACUGCUGCAAAUUCAACUGCCCUUGAAUCCUCCAAAGAAAUUGAAGCUGCCAUGCAGAUUGCAAGAAGAAAUGCUUUGGGAUCUGUGUUGAACAAAGCACCUGAUGCCCCAUUGGAUGAUUUGACAAUCAUGAAGGAGACAUUAAAAGUAAAAGAUGAGGAGCUGCAAAAUUUAUCAAGGGAUAUUCGUGCAAGGGAUUCAACAAUAAAAGAGAUAGCAGAAAAGCUAACUGAAACAGCAGAUGCUGCACAGAGUGCAGCAUCUGCAGCUCAUACAAUGGAUGAGCAACGAAGACUGGCAGCUUCAGAAGUUGACCGCUUAAGAAAGGAGUUAGAAAAACAAGCCAUUUCUUACACUUCAAAGCUAAGAGAUUCUGAAGAGAAAAUAAUGGUUUUAAGUAAAGAAAGAGAGCAACUUAUUAAACAACGAGACUCUUCUCAUCAAGAGGCGCUUUUAUGGAGGUCUGAGCUGGGAAAAGCUAGGGAACGUGUAGUGAUUCUAGAAGGAGCUGUUGUGAGAGCUGAAGAGAAGGUUAGGGUUAAAGAUGCUGAAGCUGAAGCUGUAAUAAAAGAGGCAACAGAGAAAGAAAGUGUCCUGAGAAAAGAGAAUCAAGAGCUUUUGGCAUGCAUUCAUGUUCUACAACUACAACUUAAAAGCAGGCAGCAGGAGAAUACAAAGCAAGUGCUUGAGGAGAGAGUCGAGUCAUGUUCUGGUGAUACGCAACCCCUCACGAAACAUGUGCAUCCAACGGUGAAGAAUGUGGAUAAGGCGAGCCUUAGUGACUCAAGGAAUAUUCCGGUGUCGGAAAGGAGUUUGGUGUACCCUGAUCAAAGUGGGGAAUGGAAUGAUAUAGAGGCAACAGAAGCAAGAAUAGCGGAUGUCAGGGAAAUCUCUGCUGACACUCAAGGGAAUGGGAGUGGGAAUGAUAUUCCGGUGUUUGUGCAGGGGAAUGAGAGUCAGCAGCAACAGCAGGAAGGAAGUGCGUAUUAUCCGGAUGUUCCUGCGUUUAGACAAUCAGAUGAUACACAACCACCCGAACAAACAACCGAUUCAUACCACCAUCAACCUUGAUCUUGUGUUUACUGUUUUCUUUCUUAUAGGCUCAAACUGAAACCAAUCAAUCAUGUGUGAAAAAUAUGAUGUUAUAGUGUGAAAGUUUAUAUUUGCUAACUAACUUGAGUUGAGGCUACUCUGAAUUCACUGUUUUUGGUAAUCAGUUUCAGAUCGUGUCUUAUUUUUUACUAA